AUGCCCCAGUCCGACAAGGGGUGGUCUCGUGCAGAGCUUACUGACGAGCGGGCGUCAUCGGUGUUGGAGCAGAUGAAGGCCGACCUGAAGCCGGGCAACUUGAGGGCGGCCAAAGUGACAGGGGCCAUGCUCCUGAGGGGAUUCUUGACGCUACGUGUUGCUCCUCUUCAGGCGCGCGUGCACCCCUUAUGGAGGCUUGAAGAUGAAGAAGACAAGAUUCUCCUGAGCCCGAAGGCCUUGCCCGACGACGAGCUGUCUACUGUUUUGCGCCUUUUGGUCGGGGACAACCAAGAGUACCCACCGAGCGCCUUCGUACCUUUGUUCCGCCGCACGGACUGGGAGCAGAUUGUGACCACCCGGCCGACUUUUGACGCGCGCGGGCUGGUGCCGCCGGCGCCUACCGGGCUUCUGCGGCGCCGAAGCCGGCCGCUGUCUACGGUGAAGAGGAGGAAGGAGGAUGCGGCGGCCGUGCCCCCCUCUGCGGAGAAGGGAGGCGACGGCACUUGCACCUCCCCAGCCCGGUCGCCCUCCCGAGGCCAAGAGGAGCAUCGUCGGGAGGAGUCCGCCCCCGUGGGCCCGCUGGCUCCAGAAGUACCGGUGCCUGGCUCGGUUGAUGAGGCCCCAAAGGCUCAGGAGGCCUUGAUCUCCCAGGCUCUGGUGACAACGCCGCCCCCUCCUCCUGUUGUGCCUCUGGCCCCAGGUUCUUCUGCUUCCUCUAUCGUCUUGGAGCGUGUCCUUUCGGAGAUGGCCCAGCUGCGGGAAGAUCUCCUGGGCGCAGAUCCGCGCCUGGUGGCCGGGAGCCUGGAGCUGGCAUCCGGCUGGCUUCAGUCUGACGCGGCGAUCCGAGCGACACUGAACCAGGCUGCAACGGCCUCCGAGAAGGAGAAGCGAGCCGCCGCGCAGGCUGCGGCUGAUCGCGAGGCGGCGCUGAAGGUCGCCAGGGCUGCCCACGACCGCUGCCGGGCGUUGGAGAGGGAGCUGAAGGGCCUGCGCGACAAGCGCGCAGAAGAAGCUCGUUGCCGCCGGGCGAAGGAGGAGGAGAUGAGGGCUUGGGAGGACGCCAUCAAGAACCGCGACGCUGAGCUGGGGGAGCUGGCGAAGACGCAGGCCGCUGAACGCGGCCUGGCUGAGGAGCUGGAGCGGAAGGUGGAGGCGAAGAAGGUCAAUCUUGACGCCAGGGCGAAGGUCCUGGCUGAAGACCAUGUGGCUUUCUCACUCCUUGAGGAGAGGUCCCGUGUGGCGCUGAAGUCAUUGUACGAGAAGGGCUUGGAGAAGCCGCUGACCACCGAAAAGGAUGGCCCUGCUCAGCUGCUUCCCUUCUUGGUGAAAGCGCUCGAGGAAGUCGUGGAGGGCGUCGGUCCCAUGGCUGAGGCAGAGGCUCGCGUCCUUUCUUCAGUCGCGCUGACGCGGGUCUUUAGCCACCUGCACCUUCGUGACCCCAGCGCUCGUCUUGAUGAGCUGCUGGAGCCUAUACCUGAAGAACAUUGUGCGGCUACUGCCACAGCCGUGCAAGGCCAGGUGGAGGCCCUGCUGAAGAAGUUCCGUGGCUUCACCCUCGCGCCUUCGACCGGUAGUGCCACCGAUCCCGCGGCUCCAUCUGGCGGUGCAGGUGAAGGCGAUGCCACCAAGGAAGGAGCACCUCUUGUGGGCGAUGGCGGUGUUCAGGGGUGA